UUCGUCUAGUAUUAAUCUUUCCAUUUUUUGAUGAGUUGACUAAGGAAGUAAAUUGCCAGAAAUGCCCCCGCUGCCAAAGUCCCAACUGUGCGAGCACUCACCGCCGCCAGUCCCAAAACCACCAGUGACUGACAGCCCCACCACCGCCCUCAUCACAUUUGUCAGCCCCACCACCGUCCCCAUCAGCGUCGUCAUCCCCAUGAUUACCAUCAGCAGCGCUACCAUAUCUUCCCCUCACCACCCCUACCUUCCCCUGGAGGUCUCGCGAAUUGGCCUUGGGGAGGAGGACAUUGAGAUCUCAUUUGAAGAAAUUGAUGCAGGCCCAAGAGUGGAUCUUCCGCCUACAUGGAUUAUUGCCGGGUGUUUCCCCACUUCCCGUCCUAUCAAGUUUGACGCAAUGAAGCAGGUCUUGGCCAUGGCUUGGAAACCAGCUCUGGGGGUUUAUGUGACACAGGAUGAAGAAGGUUUGUAUCUGUUCCAUUUUUAUCACGUUAAGGAUGCUAUGCGGAUUAUUGAUGAGGGGCCAUGGUCAUUUGAUAAUCCGACUCUAGUUUGUAAACUCCUCUCUCUUGGUGAGAUGGUCAAAGCUCAUGAUUUACAUUUCGUUGAGAUGUGGGUUCAGAUUCAUAAUCUUCCCUUUGGGUAUACCACACCGAUUGUUUUGGAAACGGUGGGAAAGGCAGUUGGUUCGUUUAUCAAACAUGAUUCGAUCGCCGCUGCGCAAUAUCAUCGUUCUUAUCACAGGGUCAGGAUCUCUGUUGAUGUCCGAAAUCCUCUGCGUCGACGCCUGAAGCUGACUAAACGGGAUGGUAUAAUAGUUUGGAUCCACUUUAAGUACGAGAGACUCAACACAUUUUGCUUUUUCUGUGGCAUUAUGGGCCAUUUAGCCAAGCAUUGCAGAGCUGCUGUACUAUCCAAUGUGGAGCCUGAAAAUUAUCCCUUUGAUGGCUCCCUACGGGCGGAGGGGAGGAAAAAAGAGAUAAAUGUGGGGAGCCAAUGGCUGCGAGAUGAGCCUACUGGUAGGGCUGUUGAGCCUCCAAACAUAAGAGUGCCAACUUACAUGGAUGCUCAAGUAGAUGACCCUAUCGAAGCUGGUGCCUUAAUAAAACGGAAAAGGGGUGCUGAUUAUGAUAGGAUGCAGUUCCUCAACAAGAAUCAUAGUGUGGCAGAUGGAUCAAAAAACGUGAUGGAGGCGGGUGCUGAGAAACGAGGUGGUGCCCCUCACCCACCUGCCUUGAUUGCUGCGUUCACUUCGACGUUGGAAGCUUGUGAUCUUUUUGAUUUGGGUAUGAUGGGCUACUCGUUAACUUGGGACAGAUGUCGUGGGAAGCCGACGUGGGUGGAGGAAAGGCUGGAUCGUGCCGUGGCCACAGUGGAGUGGAGAAACCUUUUUUCAGAAGCCUAUGUUAGUAACCAAGCUAUGCGAUGGUCGGACCAUAGUGCUCUCUUUUUGAGCAUUAGUGGACCACAGGUUCGAUGCGCUCCUCGCAGUUUCCGUUUCGAGAAUGCUUGGCUUUUGGACGAUGGGUACAAGGGGGUGAUCACGGCGCCUUGGAACUCCUCGGGCCACCUACCCUUUCCAGAGAGGCUUAAGGUGUGUGGCUCUCAGUUGGUUAGAUGGGGCGGUGAUAAGUUUAACAAGUUUGGGAGACGCAUUUUGGAGGCCCGUAGGCGGGUAGACAAAUGGAGGGGUAGCCGAGAUCCCAUUGGUCUAAAAAAUUUUUAUGAUGCUGAUGCUGAUUUGGCCAGGUUGCUCGACCAGGAAGAUGUGUAUUGGAGGCAACGGGCGAAGCAACACUAGCUACGUACGGCGGACGCUAAUACACGUUUUUUUCACCAAUAUGCUUCACACCGAAAGAAGAAAAACAGGAUUAUGAGGCUUAAGGAUGAGCAUGGACAGUGGAAAGAAGCGGAGGACUUUGGGAAGUAUCUUGGCUUGCCUUCUUUCAUUGGGCGCAAUAAAACAGCUGUUUUUUCAUUUAUUUUGGAUAAGAUCCAUCAAAGACUUUCACUAUGGAAGAGGAAGACGCUUUCUAAGGCAGGUUAAUGAAUGGCUUUUGGUGGG